AUGCCCGUUUUGAUUCCCUCAGCAGUGCAAUCAACAAGAUGCUUUGCUCGGGAACUUGGAAAACGGAACCAGCGAUCUUUGUUUAUGUAUCUCGAUUUCACGAACAGGAAUACUUCUUCCUCGACAGGCAUCUCCGAUGACAGCAUCGCAGAUGCAAGUAUUCUUACCAUUGCGAUGGACGGAAUUUGGUCUCUCAGGAAUCAACACGGAAUUCUACAUGUUUCUCUAUCAGCUACUAGGAUUCGCAUUCAUCUGGACAUCGCCAGAGGCAUUGGAAUGUCGACCUACGUUGUUACCAAUAUCAUACAACCUGCCCGGGAACCAUACGCAGCCGGCCAUCGCCUCCAGACCCGGUUUCUCUUUUUGGGUCAUCCAUCCCGUUUUCAGUGGACAGAUCUACGGGUUGAGAGGACAUCCUCGUUAUUUUCCUCAAGUUAUCUCUAG